AUGGAUUUGCUGCGCCUCCUCCUCAUCCUGCUGGCCAUGUGCUGUCCUGCGUACGGCACAUGGGACAGCUGUGGAGGGACCUGCGGGCUCCGGCCCAUGGCUUUUCAGUACGGCAUGUCGCGCGUCGUGGGUGGCACAGAUGCCCAGGCAGGGGCCUGGCCCUGGAUCGUCAGCAUCCAGAAUCCCUGGCAAGCGGGCACGGGUCAUACCUGCGGAGGCUCCCUCAUCAGCGCACAGUGGGUCCUGACAGCAGCCCACUGCUUCAUCGAGGCCAGCUACAUCACCAUGUGGCGCGUGGUGAUCGGUGCCACGCGGCUGACUCAGCUGGGCCCUGAGGCCCAGGUGCGCAACAUCAAGCGGCUGCUCCUUCACCAAGGCUACAGUAACAUCACGCAGAGGAACGACAUUGCCUUGCUGGAGCUGGACCAGCCUGUGCAGUGCAACGCCUACGUUCAGCUUGCCUGCGUGCCCGAUGCCUCGCUGAGAGUCUCGCAGCUGAAAAACUGCUACAUCAGCGGCUGGGGUGCCACGACUGCAAGAUCUGGACGAUCAACGGAUGUGCUGCAGGAGGCCCAGGUCCGCCUCAUUGAUGUCAACGUCUGUAACAGCAGCCGGUGGUACAGAGGGGCCAUCCACACGCACAACGUCUGUGCUGGCUAUCCGCAGGGCGGCAUUGACACCUGCCAGGGGGACAGCGGUGGGCCUCUCGUGUGCCAAGACAGCAGUGCAGACUACUUCUGGCUUGUUGGUGUCACCAGCUGGGGGAGAGGCUGUGCCCGAGCCAGGCAGCCCGGAGUCUACACCUCCACUCAGCACUUCUACGACUGGAUCCUGCUACAGAUGGGCCUGCGCCCAGCAGUGAGGGCUACUCCAACAGCACGCGCUUGGAGUCAUUUUGUCACCACGUCAAGCCCCGUUCCGAGGCCAAGGCCCACAGCAGCGCAGUCGGGCGGCUCCUGCCCGUUUCCAGUCCAGAAGCUGCUGGACUUCUUUAGCCGGCUGCAGGAGCUCCUGCAGUACCUAAGGGGAAAAACGGUGUGA